UGAGGCCAGGAGCUGGUCGUCCAAAUAGGUGAACACUCUCAUGCCCUGAAUUUGAAACAUCUGAGAUGCUUGUUCAGCUGCCUCAGAUCAAGGAUAGGCCGUAAACCCCUGCUUUUCUUUGGGAGGAGAAAGUAACUGCAGUAAAAACCCUCUUCCAUCAUCUCCUGCAGAACCACUUGAAUUGCCCCUUUGCCGAGGAAAACACAGAUUACUCUCUCAGCACUGGGGAGUCCCUUUCCGAGACUGAGGUUGCAAUUACUCAGGGGAGGCAUGAAAGAAACUGCAGCCCACGGUGACUCAACGCAUGUGCUCCACCGUUCUAGGCACACAGCGAGGAUCCCCGUCAUUAUUCGGGGAAUCCCUGCAUCCAUCUGCACAUGAUGCCGGGGUCUUUUCUGUGCCGAGAGAAGAACAUGGCUGCCUCCAGACGGACAUUCCUCCCUCUCCUGCCGGUUAGGGACCGGACUUCCCUGUCUUUCCCCCAGUGAAAUGGCCAGUUUUUGCCAGGGGCCGGCCCCUCCUUCCCGGUGCCGCCUGCUGCCCGGCCUGCAUGCGUGCUCUCUCUAUUUCCCAAACACCGGGCCUCUGUGAUGUCGCUGAAGCGACCCUUUUGGCUGGUGGCGGCUGGUAGGUUGGUCUAAGCCCUGAGUGAGUGGUCUGCUGAACCUCGUCAGCAUUAAACCUCUCAGGGACUCCGCCUGCUUUUUAGAAUCCUCAAACCGCGCUUGAAAUGCACCGAGGCCUUCGCCAAAGAGCCCGAACGUGGAGAUCAGGGCGCUGAGGAAUGCACUCUGAUCCCGCUCAGGCAGGUUCGCAAGGGUCAACCAGAGAUGACGUUUCACCACCACAGUACCGGCCAUAGCAUGGCCCAACGACACCAGAGCCCCACGGGUUGCACGAAGAAUGUAAUCGGCUGUGGAAUGCACUUCCCCCAUGAGUGCAUCACACGGCAUCCCUGCCGACAGGCAGAUAGCUUGAUAAGUCUACAGCAAGGACAUAGAGCUCAAAGAUCUGGCCGCGCAUGCUUGUUCGCUGUAAAUCUGUCCACUUGCUUGAAGGAGAAGCGGCACGGACCCGUCAGGAGAGUGGGAGUGCCUGUGAUACCACUAUUUUUAUGGGCGCCAGGUAUGCACCUAAGGAAUGCUCCAUUGGGGGGCUGAUAUUAGUCGUGCUUCCCCCGCUCCCUCGAGCUCCGUGAGCGGCAGGCAGGUUCUCACUACUGUCUGGACAUUUUAGCUUGUUAGCAGCGCUAAACUUGAGCUAAUAAAACACUUUUCUUUUUAGUUUCAACAAGAAUCACCACCCUGGGUUUUCCUCUUGUGUAAAACAUGGUGUGAAGGUGUUCUAGCAGCAUGGUGAAGAGCUGAAGAACAAAGGGAAUGGGCAAACCCGCCCUCGUUGCCAUGUGUCAUUUGCCUUUUCAGGCGUGAAUAUAGGUGUCUUCAGCAGAUGGCGCAAGAGUGCGCUAUCCCUUAGUCAUGUUGUAUCGAGUGAACCAACUGAAAGGGAACUAAGCGCCAAAGCAAAGUUGUGUCUGUGUCAACAAGACGAGCAUGAUUAUGCAGACUACUGGUAAGAAAACAGUCUUACCAGCAGUUUAUUGAUAAAAAUAUGUGACAAGUUGCAUCACAUAUUGAUUCAGGAACAGUGUUUUUCCCAAUGCAUGACAAUCCGCUAACCAGAUAUGAGUUGCAAACUUUAACUUAAUAUGGAAUGCAUUACUUUGACAGGUCAGGUGACAGAAGCAGUCCUAUCAUUUUGUGGAGAGGCAGGGUCACAGAUGAGGUCAAACAAUGACAUAGCACAUUUACGCGUUUGGCAGAGCUUUGCGACUUACAUUGCAUUAUCCUAUACAUACAUUUGAUCCCUUGGGAUCGAACCCACGACCUUGCGCCAUGCUCUAACCACUGAGCUAUGUUAAUUGUGAAAUUCACUACUGUUAUAAAUGUUAGGUUGAAAAUAUACAGUAUAGUUUCUCAAUGUGUUGCCAAACUAUAGCCCAGGUGGAAAGGCAGAGGCAGGGUCACAGGUGAUUAGGCUUACAAAACAUAAUUAUGUCAUUUGUUGCGCAUUGUAUUAAAGUUAUAAUAAGGUUGCAAUGUUAUAGAGAUCUAUUAAGCAGUGUAGUCGGGGUCAUACGCACGUAUAUGCCUUAUGCUUACUUUUUCCACAGCGCUGUUUGAGUAUAACGACAUAGACUUCUAAAGAUCUAUAUUAGCGUAUACCCUCCCUAUACCCACUUGUUUUCCUGCUUAAAAUGUCUCCAAGCUGCAUUUGUUGUAGCUUUCCGUUUAACUGUAUUGCAUUUUUCUUGUUUUGUUUUUAACUCGCGGUUCUUUCUUUCAAUUUGGUGCAUUUCUUAAAAAAUAUACACAAUAUUUCCUGCGGCCCCGCCUCCGGCAAGCGCGUGAUCUUCAGUGUUUAAUAUUUAAAUGACACGCAACGAAAAUGAAGCAAAGCACUUCCAUAGCCCUACUGUUUAAAAGCUCACAAGUCAGUAUCAUCUCUGUAUCCUCAUUCUCUUUACAGUGGUUUUAAACAUCCUUGUUACACUUAUUCUACAUUUAAAAUAAGGUACAUUUUAUAUCAAGUUUUUGUAUCAAGUAUAUUCCCAAAGAGAUGGAAGUGUUGGCAGUUAGGCUACAUCUGUAUAUGAAGAGUUUGGUUCCAAAAUGAGAAAAUCAUGUAUUUUUAUUGUGCAUUCGAAUUAAUAUCAAUCAAACUGUGGUUGGUUUGUUUUGAUUUAAGCCAUAAUAACUAAAAAAAACACAGCUAAAACAAUAAAACACAAUAAAAACAUGAUAACAUAAUAAAAAAAAACGUUAAAAAGUUAUCUUCUUUUGGAACCAUACUCUUCUUAUGUACCAAGUAAAAUCCUGCAUAUGUUUUUUCACGUAAUUUUCUGUAGGCUAUGUGAUGUGUUAAAAAGAUAUGCUUUUUAAAAAUAUUGUAUUGUGGUCAACAGUACUGGUGUGACCUGUUUUUUAUCAACCUUUUCCAACUACUUAUUAAUUUCCAGUGCUAUAACUUCAUAAUUAAAGCAUAAGUGAAGAAUUAUACAUAAUUAUGAAUAAAUGGCAUAUUUAACUAAUUGUCAUGUUACUAGAAUAACAAACACACUGACUUCUGUCUUCUUUUGGUCAGUUGGGGUUGGCGGUAAUAGCGUAUACACCCCUUUUUGGUAGGACUACACCACUGCUAUUAAGCACUCAUACAUUAGUUUUAACAAUAAGCAUAAAUAUGUAUGUAUCAAUGGAUUGCACAUUUUUGGCUGUUGUGGUGUGUGCAUGAAGUUCAUGAACGAGUGUAAAAUGCUUACUCAAGUUGAUUUCCGAUUAAUUAUAGUGGGCACUUUUUGCACAAGAAUUUGCAUAGUGAUGCAUGUGAGUUUUUUUUAGGGUUAAAGUCAUUGGUUAAUUUUUAGUUUCUGGACAUAUUCGUCAGAUUUUCUAACUCUCUAUAAUGCAUUUGCUAUGUUUGAUCCGUUUGAUCUGUUUUCCUGGUUUUUAUUAUAUUUUGUCAUACUUCGUUUUAAAGAGAUAAAUGGUCAUUAUCAUCGCUGAUUUACAUUGCAAUACAUUUCUAUCACAUUAUUUUGGCAGUUAAUAUUUGGGCUGUUUUUUGUUGGAGUGGGCGGGUUUUAGUGAACCUUUGGGUUGGAAAUUGUCCACCCAAUCUGGCAACCGAAGUCCACGAGCGAUCUACUUCCUGGUGCUGUUCAUCGCGAAAGAGCUGCUAGCGGAUAGGGCGAUAUUUACAUCAGGGCUGAUGCUUUAAACUAUAUAACGUUUGUAGACUCAAGCAGGUUUGAUGGACAUAUGCUCUUUGUGUUUUACCGCAAUUUAAAAAUAUAAUUUACCAUGAUCAGUGUCAGCUCAGGUGAACGCGUUAUCUCGGUCAGAUGCUAUCUCUACGUCCAGACAAGGCUGCUAAAAUCAAGACAGAUUUUUUUUGAGGUGUGAAAGAAUAGAUGGUCAAUUUGAUUCGUUUUUAAAUGUAUUAUUUUUACUGCAUUGUUGUUUCCAUUGUGGAAGGUUUCAAAAUCAUAGAUGGCGUCAAAAUCUAGGGUCUCCAUUCUGGAUUAUUUCAAUAUCGUGUGUGAGGGUGAAAAUGGCAAAAUUGAAUCGAACUGCAAAGCUUGUGGCACAAGGAUUCAGGCGAAACGGACAGUCACUUCUAACUUCGUUACACAUUUAAAGCGCAAACAUCAAGCCAUGUAUGAUGAGUUUGUAAGGAAGAAAGAUGUGAAAAGAGAGACAAUGCAGACGUGUGCUGGCCCUCCAGGCGGUCGAGUGAUCUCUCAAAGUGGCACCGGGAUGAACAAAUUUGACUACAGUGACCCGCGGCAAUCCCUCAUCUCUGAAGCCAUUGCCAAGAUGAUCAUCCGAGACCUGCAGCCAGCACAGAUAGUGGAAUACGAAGGAUUUUGUGAGCUGCUUCAGCUCCUGGAGCCCCGUUACAUACCGGUACCCUGUCAUUACAUACAGCAGCAGCUUAUGCCUGCCUAUGUCUCUCAGGUGCAGCAAGCUGCCAAACAGGCUCUUAAAGGGGCAGAAUCCUGCAGUAUGUCUCUUGACACUGUGGGUGUCAACUGUGGGUAUCUUGGAGUGACUUGUCAUUUCAUAAAUACAGACUGGAAUAUCAGAUCUGCGCUUUUGGCAUGUUUACCUCUUCCAGGCCAUAGCAACACCCAGCAGAUGGUCACCGAGUUCGAUGAGAUUUCCGAAUCCCAUGGCAUCUCCGGAAAAGUGUUCAGAGUUGUUGCCGACUCGUCGCCUUCUGAAAAAAGAUCAGCUUUUCGUUUGCCUGGCUUCCAUAUUAUUGGAAGCGAUGAAGUGGAAGGGGAGGACGAUUGUAGCGAUGAAGAAGCUGUUACAGGAGAAAAUAAGGAGGCCAUGGGUAGCAAUGAGAACCACAAGUCUUUAGACCAGUGUCUUGGUCGAAGUAGGAUAGACUGCUUUGCUCAAUUAUUGGCUCAGUGUGUCAAGGAAGGAGUUUGCGCUUCCUCUCAGAUAUCCGUUCCUUUAAGCAAAGCAGCCCAUCUUUACAACUAUAUUAUUGCUACUGUAGCCCCUGAAAAACUGCUUCAAGUGUUCGGCUCUACAGUUGACCAGGGACCCUCAUCCAAGUACUGGAACGCACAGUUAAAAAUAAUGCGUCAAAUGGUGGAGUCAAUGGAUUUUCUUGAAGACAUUGUGGAUAGAAGUGACCUAGUCCUCGGUAGUUUAGAAAAAGCAGUGUUACGGGAGAUGGUGGAGGUAUUGGAACCUUUCGAAGAGGCCUCAGACAUGGUAUCUGGAGACAAGCAUGUGUCCAUCAGCUUAGCCCUUCCAUGUGUACUAGGUCUUCGCAAGCAUCUGGCAGAAGUCAAUACUCAACAGUGUUCAGAGAUUGUGAUGGGAUUAUCUCAAGCUCUGGACCGCAGGCUCGCUGGGAUUCUUGAAGACCCUCUCUAUGUGACAGCAACUACCCUGGAUCCACAGUUCAAACUGUCUUGGAGCAGUGACAGUGACUGGCACAAGCAGGUAUUGCUGGAGGAGAUCGGAAAGCAUUCACAGCCAUUGAGUCCACUAGAACAUCAUUCAGAGGCCCAGCCAUCACCAUCUAAACGCUGCAAGCUCUUCUCUUUCAUCAAGCAGAGGCCGACCGCUCAGGCCAAGACUGUGGAGCAGGAGUUGUCUACGUAUCUCCACGAAGAACCAACGGAUGAGGAUCCAUUGCAAUACUGGAAGCGCAAGUCCAUCGAUUUCCCCUUGCUCUCGCAAGUAGCCAAGAAAGUUUUCACCGUGCCAGCAACAACCACAUCGGUGGAUCAGAUAUUUGACCUGGUCAGCAAAACAUUUAGACCACAGCAAUGUCGAUUUCUGCCCAAAAACUUGGACACUCUGAUUUACUUAAAAGCUAACUAUAGAAUACUUUGGUCUUAAGUGCAAAGAAAGCUUUAAAGGAUUUCCGUUAUACUGAUUUUAAACCAAACACCUCAAAUCCAGAAGGGGAUUGUGCCUGAUAUGUAUCUGUCCAUAUAAAUGCUGUAGAUUGUUUCUAUAGACAAUUCGAUUCUAUCCCUAUUUUAGUAAACUGGAUGUAAUUGAUGUAACUGUUAUGGUUAAAGGGAUAGUUCACCUAAAAUGUACAAUUCUGCCAUCACAUACUCAUCCUCAGGUCAUUCCAAACACAUAUAACUUUCUUUCUUCUGCAGAACACAAAAGAAUAUUUUUCAAGAAUGUUGGUGACUGAACAACAUUGACAUCCAAUGUAUAGGCACAAACCAUUGAGACAUUUGUCAAAAUAUCUUCUUUUGUGUUCCACAGAGUCAUAAACAGGUUUUGAGCAACAUGAAGAUGUUUGUUUGAGUGAACUAUCCCUUUAACACAAGCACUGUUUGAUAGUAGUUCAUGUUAGUUCACUGUUCAAUAGAUCAUGUUGUCUACAUUUACAAUGAGCUAUUACUCCGUAAUUAUUGAAAGUUAUUAGUUAAUGAAAGUGUUGCCCUAAUGUGGCUGGUUGCCUUUGUUAAAGCUUUCUAGCUUUUUCAUUUUAUUUUUCGCCCUAAUAUAAUGGUACUUAAAGGAUUAAGUAAGAACACUGCUGCAAAUCCCUGAAUAAUUGUUGAACAUUUACAAAGUUCUCCUUCACUAUCAGCAUGCGAUUUAACCCUAGAAAAAGGUACCAAAUGUUUUCAUAAAAAAAGUCUAAACCUUAUUAAACAUUGGGGUUUAAGCUUUAUACUCAUUAAGAAUAAUAAUUAGUCAAAUGGAGUUACAAUAUGGCUGACAAGCUUUUUGAACGGGUUCUUUGUGUACAAAACCCACCCACUAGAAAACUGCAGGCAGUCUCUGUAAUUGAAAAUAAUUACAUUUCAAUACUGUGGGGAAUUGGAAAAAGCUGAUGGUGAACUGGGAUCUCUCAGCUUGCAGGGCUGAAUAGAGAGUAAUAAAGUCUGUGGGAUAUCAAGAUAUGGAUCCGGUAGCUGGUGUGCAAUAGGGACAAUAAAAUUUCAGUAAAAAGUAUUUGAUACCAAACCCUACAUUUUGUCAUUAACCUGUAAAACAUGUCACGCAGUAUAUGCGAAUGGUCAAUUUUACUGUCUCUACAUCACAAAUUUUCAACCGUCUCAGUGUGUAUGCAUAUGCAUUUAUAGGUAACAUGCACUUGUUUCAAGUUGUGCAUCCUAAUAGUCUGUAUAUAGAUGUCCCUGUAUUCUGUGAAGAAGGAAAUGGGAAACAGGACAUUCAAUCAAUAAACUCUGUCU